AUGACCAAUAGGAUGCCAAACAAAGUAAAUUAACUAUAGACAGUAUUCAUCUUGUAUUUUGAAGGGCAGUGCCGAGAAGAAAUAUGGGAAGCAGACGAAAUCAGUUUCAGAAAUAGACGACAAGACUUCCACUACAAAAACGCAAAAAACUAUCCGGUUAUACAGCCAGUAAAGAUUUUCUUGUUGAUUAAUUGUUUAAGGAAAGUUGAACCGAAAAACUCAAUGAAGUCACAAGCAGUGUGAGUUUUUUCCCCUUUCAAAGAGUCUUUCUCGGAGCCGAAUAAAUAUGUUGUUUCCUAGUCUAUCUGAUCAAACUUUCAAUCUUGCAGUGUACGGAAGAAAAGGAAUGAAGAAUACCCAACAAAAAACAGUCGGGAACCGUCCGAAGCAAAAUCUUCAAAUGUCCGACAGUAAGAUUCCAGUUUUUUCAAUGGAGUUAAAACAAAACAAAAAACAAAACAAAACCUGAAGGACUAAAUAAAUCAGGGCGUAUUUUUUUAAGUUUCAGAAAAAAGAAAAUAUCCAAACCGUCUCAUGAAAGCACAAAAUCGACCACACAGUGAGUGCGAAAUAAAAUUUAGUUAUUAAAAUUUGAUCGAAAAAUCAAGAAAACAGAAGCCAAGCCGCGAACAGAGUCGGGACCCAAACAGCUGUCAGCAGUAUGUUUCAUUUGAGUAUAGUGGAAAAAAAGGAGAUUCCGAUAAACUUUUAACACCUUUUGUGAACUUAAAAAGGAGCUUUAGGCUCUUCUUUUUAAGUUCUUUUUUAGGUCAUUCGGACUUUGCCUGUGUAGAACGAUUGAAUACUUAUUAAUUUGCAAGCUUUUUUUAGGUCUUCCUCCGCCAAAAAGGCUUCAUCCGAGAAAGCUGUCGAAGUUGCUAGCCAAGAGUGAGUAUUUUGAAUUUUCUGGAACUAUUUCAAUAUUCCAAUGUGCCGAUUUCAGAAAAGAGGACAAUCUGAAAUCGAGUGAGUCAAUUUUAUACAGAAGGAAACCCUUUUGUUAGACCUUUCGGGAAGACUUCGAGAGUUCGGCAAAAACAUGCGAAAGUUCGUCAACCGUCCUAUCGACGCUUCUAACUUGAAGCGACUCUCAGAAAAAGCGCGAGAAAAACAGAUGAACUCAGCAAAAGUUUAUCCGCUCUAUGGCGAAAUUCUGAAAAAGUGUUCAGAUUGCACCAAGAAGUGGGGAGAGCGUUUUCGUGUCUCGAAAAACCCUACCUGUUCUGGAAAGUGAUGUACUCGGCUUCUUGAUCACCAGAUUUUGAAUUUUUUUUUUGAGCCUGGUCUGGAGAAAACGGCGGAAGAAGAAGAUUUUGAGCAGCCGAAAAGUGACGGAAGAAGCAUCAUGUUGGUCGCCAACAACUUUGACAACAACGGCAAGCUCAUGAUCCGAGGCAUGCCUUUCUGGACUUUUCCUCGUCAACCAACGACUGAAGACCAGGCGAGUGUCGGUUUCAGUAGAGAGCUAUCAGUACUCUGAUAUCAGAGUACUCGUGUGAAUUUUUGCUCUGUGUUGGAAGUUUAUUAGUUACAGAAGGGUAUCGAAGAGUCUGUGGAAGUGGAUGCCGACGUUAUUCUACAAGUUAACGACGGCACAAUAAAACUCAAGAGUAUGCCUUGCAUGCCGUAAGUCUUUCAUUUUGUGCAGAAAUUGACUUUCAGUUAGCCAAUGAUAUUCCUUUCAUUCAUAACAUUUUAGUUUGAUUUCGGGUCUUACAAAGCGAUUUAAAGUAUUGAAUGAAAAUCAAAUCUCGCCAGUACAAGGCCUGGACUCACAAUGAAACUUCUAAGUGAAGGUUACUAGAUGCGAUAGUUCAUGUUGAUUCCGAAUCUGAGCUCACGAGCGUCUUUGAAUCCGAUUAGGAGCAAAAAUACUGCUUGAAGCAGAAAAUACUUAUGAGAAAAAAUAUUAGAGAAUUGUCUCUUGAAGGAUCUCUCUUGACCCAUUGGCGGAGGUAGAUGUUCUAAAAAGACGAGACAAGUCAUUUUUCAACCGCGACGUCAUCUUCGCCAACACACUUCGCUCGACAAUCAACCUCUGCGGUAAAUUUUUUCAUUUUUUAUCGAAAACGGUUCUCAGAAACGAUAACCGUUCUCACCGACGAGAAAUCACGCGCUGAGCGACCGAAGAAGCUGCUCAUUUCGGAGCCCGUCAAAGCAAAAGUAUAUCAGAAGAACAGCGUCAGAAUGCUUUCAGAGUUAUCUUAUAAAGUGAUAAAUUUUCAGAAAGAUAAGUUCAAAGUUCGAGAAGAAAAGUUUGCUCCGUGCAUGUUUGACAAAAUGGAAAGUGAAACGCGAAGAAAAAAGAGGCGAAAAAAAGUUCCAACGGUGGAAUGACAACGGGGAUUUUCGUGGUUGAGAAAUAUUGUAAUAAAUUUUUUUUUUCUCGCAACGACUUUAUAUCGAUUGGAUAAAUUUAAUAUUUCUAACUCCAUUUUCGUCUAUUCUAGCUUUUUCCUGUUUUUCAGAGGUUUCGAGCUGAAAUCUUCACGAACCAGUUCAUAAAUCACAAAAAGAAGUGCGAUGCUCCAAAGUUGAAGCCUGGAAUGCUUCAAAAAGCCUUUUUUCACAGAACAUCAACGCCCGGCUGCUCCGAACCGUUCUCAGCAACUGUUUUCAGACGCGGCUGAUAAUCCUAGCGUUUCUGUUCUCGUUGUGCUUCGCGUCGAUCUGUUUGUUCUGCCAUCGACUGCAUCCGACUCCUUUGCUCGUUUCUUUUCCGCAAUUUCGUCAAGGGGCCACUCUUGAGCAUCCUGUACUACGCCAUGUUGUUUUCAACACUUUCUCUCGCCUUUCUCGUACUUUCUCUAGAUGUGUCCGUGGCGGAAGAAGUUGGUAAGCUUUUUCGGAUACCGAGAGAAAUCUUCAAUUGAUAUCGUGUAUCUACUUGUGUACUUCAAUGGUUUUUCUAAAUGGAAGUAGGUAAUCGAUACAAUUAUUUUGGCUCGUAGAAGUUAGAAUCGAAUAACACUCAAAUUCAUAUAAAUUUGAUCGAACUCAAAACUUUUGCAGACAGUUUGUGGUGCCAGCAGGGCGAGCGAAAAACUUACAAGCCGAUCCAAUGUCCCGAGCAAACAGUCGAGUGCUUCAAGUUCGUGUGUUCCGGCAUAGAAGGUAGUAAUACUAUUUAAUAAUUGCCUUUUUUAUAUUCUUUUGAAGUUGCUUUUAAAAUAAUUUUGUUUGUAAAAUUAAAAGUUCUCUAGAUCUAACAAACAUUUUAUUUUUUUGAAACAUUUUGAAGCACGUACUUUUGUUUUAAAUAGCCCUUUGAAAUCUUAUCAAUGAUAGUCCAGAACAUUAAACCAACUAUUUGAAUAUCUAGAUGAAAAAAUAAAUGGAAACUUAAAAAGACUAAAGAAAAUAUUUUCUUGGUUUUUCAAGUUCAAGGACCGCAAUCAAAACAUUAAAACACCUGAAAUUAAAUUGUAUGCACAGUUCGGAAGCUGAGAACUUUUAGUUUCAUAAAUUAUUCAAUCGAUUUAAAAUCCAUCAGAUAAAAUCAAGUUUUUGGCAAAAAUAGUUGUGCCUAAAAAGUUUAACAGAAAGCACUUCGAAUAAAUUUUUCCACACGGCUUUUUUUUGGAUUGAGUUUGAACAUUUUGAGAGGCAAAAUAAAAUAAAAACGUGUUCAGAAGGGUUCAACACGCGUGGCUGCGGAGUGUCGGUGCUGACGACGGCGGCGGGAUUGCCCGAGGAGAGCUGCCAUCAGGCUCAGUCCGUCUGCGAGCAGCUCGGCGGCAACUCCUCCUGUUCCCUUUGUCACGACAAGCAUCUCUGCAACAGCUCUUUUCUUUCUGUUCCCUUCUUGGCGGCUCCGCUGCUCAUGCUCAUAAAGUUAUUAUUUUGAACUUCUUUCUUGCAGAAGCAACAGUUUCGGAAAUUCUUAGAUUUUCUGAGAUUUCACAGAUACCAUCCAGAAGCGUCUUGUCCAAGUGCCAAGAAGUCGCAUGAGGCCUGA